CCGAACGGAGGGAGACCCGGCGGGCAGCGGCGAAGAGGGGAGGCGGGCGCUGGCGCAGGCGGCCGGCCAUGAUCGCGUCGUGUCUGUGUUACCUGCUGCUGCCGGCCGCGCGCCUUUUCCGCGCCCUCUCAGAUGCUUUCUUCACAUGUCGAAAAAAUGCCCUUCUGGCGAAGAGCUCGUCCUCCCAGGUAGGAGGCGAUUUUGCCAUGGCCCCUCGGGGCCUCGACCAGGAGGAGUGUGAAGGCCUGCUGCAGCAGUGGCGAGAAGAAGGGGCGAGCCAGGUGCUCUCAACUGCGAGCGAGGGUCCCCUUGUAGAUAAGGGUCUAGCCCAGAGCAGCCUGGCGCUCCUGAUGGAUAAUCCCGGAGAACAGGAUGCUGCUCCAGAGGACCAGUGGUCCAGCAGGCAGCUAAGUGACCUGCGGGCAGCAGAGAACCUGGAGGAGCCUUUCCCCGAGGUGCUAGGAGAGGAGCCACUGCCAGAGGUCGAGGGCCCAAUGUGGGCAGCAGUCCCCGUGCAGACCGGCCCCCAGUAUGCAGACUGUGCCGUCCUCCCGAUGGGUGCCCUGGCUGCAGAGCAGUGGGAAGAGGACCCUGCAGUGGUGGCCUGGAGCAUAGCACCGGAGCCCGUGCCCCAGGAAGAGGCUCCCAUCUGGCCCUUUGCGGGCCUGGGGCAGUUGCAGCCUCCCCCAAUGGAAAUCCCAUAUCACGAAAUCUUGUGGCGAGAAUGGGAGGAUUUCUCCACUCAGCCAGAUGCUCAGGGCCUGGAGGCAGGGGAUGGCCCUCAGUUCCAGUUCACUCUGAUGUCCUAUAACAUCCUGGCCCAGGACCUGAUGCAACAGAGCUCAGAGCUCUAUCUGCAUUGCCACCCAGACAUCCUCAGUUGGAACUAUCGCUUUGCGAAUCUCAUGCAGGAAUUCCAGCACUGGGACCCUGAUAUCUUGUGUCUCCAGGAAGUCCAGGAAGACCAUUACUGGGAGCAGCUGGAGCCCUCUCUGAGAAUGAUGGGUUUUACCUGUUUCUACAAGAGGCGAACCGGCUGUAAGACAGAUGGCUGUGCUGUCUGCUACAAGCCCACGAGAUUCCGUCUGCUCUGCGCCAGCCCUGUGGAGUACUUUCGGCCUGGUUUGGAGCUCCUCAAUCGGGACAAUGUGGGCUUAGUGUUGCUGCUGCAGCCACUCGUCCCAGAAGGCCUGGGGCAAGUCUCGGUGGCCCCCUUAUGUGUGGCAAAUACCCACGUCCUGUACAACCCACGCCGGGGUGAUGUCAAGCUAGCCCAGAUGGCCAUUCUCUUGGCUGAAGUGGACAAGGUGGCCAGGUUGUCAGAUGGCAGCCACUGCCCCAUCAUCUUGUGUGGGGACCUGAAUUCCGUCCCUGAUUCACCUCUUUACAACUUCAUCAGGGAUGGAGAACUCCAGUACCAUGGGAUGCCAGCCUGGAAGGUAUCUGGACAGGAAGACUUCUCCCAUCAGCUUUAUCAGAGGAAGCUGCAGGCGCCACUGUGGCCCAGCUCCCUGGGCAUCACUGAUUGCUGUCAGUAUGUCACCUCCUGUCACCCCAAGAGAUCAGAGAGACGUAAGUAUAGCCGUGACUUCCUGCUGCGUUUCCGCUUCUGCAACAUCGCCUAUCAGCGACCUGUAGGACUGGUUCUAAUGGAAGGAGUGACAGAUACUAAGCCAGAGCGACCUGCUGGCUGGGCCGAGUCUGUCGCUGAGGAAGACACAUCUGAGCCUGAGCCUGAUUUCCCCAGGACUGUAGGCACCAUCCAGCACUGCCUCCACCUGACCUCGGUAUAUACUCAUUUCCUGCCCCAGCAUGGCCGCCCAGAGGUAACCACAAUGCCCUUGGGUCUUGGAACAACGGUGGAUUACAUCUUCUUCUCAGCCGAGUCCUGCGAGAAUGGGAACAGAAUUGAUCGCAGGCUGUGUCGGGAUGGAACUCUCAAGCUCCUAGGCCGGCUCUCCCUCCUCUCUGAAGAGAUUCUCUGGGCUGCCAGUGGCUUACCCAACCCCUUCUGCUCUUCAGACCACCUCUGCCUACUGGCCAGCUUUGGGAUGGACGUCACCGCCCCAUGACGGGCUCCCAGAGGAAGAGAGCUUCUCUUCCAGAAGAGCUCACUGGAUCAGAGACUGUGGAAAUAUCCCGUGCUCCUGGAAACUUAGAUCCAAGAAACUUACGUCCCCUCCCCUCCCCCUCCUUGUUCCCUUUUUCCCAUGGUUAGAUUUUCUCCAGGCCUGUCCACAUUCUCUGCCUGUGGUCCCUGCCCCACCCAACCUCUUCCUAAACUUGUGCCACAUACUUGGUGGCCCUGGGAGAGGCAGAAGGGGGGGGGUUCCCCCUUCCUUCCAUGUAUCCAGUGCUCCCCCUUGAUUUUUAAUUACCAGGGUUGUGGGAGCUGUUGAUGUCAUUGGUUAUUUGUUUUCAGGCCAUUUCUUGGUGGUGCCUUCUGACCUGACCUUCUCCCUGCCUGAGACCUCUGGGCCCAGCCCUCUUGCCAGACACAGACAUGUGAAAUGUGUGUUGUGUGCGUCCUCUCAGGGCGGGACUGCUCUGUGCAGCCAUGCCUGUCUCUGAGUAGCCCACUUUCCACACUGGGGUGAUCGGCCUAGGGGCAGGUGGAGGGCGUGACCGGGUAGCUGUGUGCUGCCAGGCAGCAGCAGGAGCACGGGCCCUUCUCUCCUUUUAUCUUCUGUAUUUCACUGGGUGUUCAUCCCGUCAGCCAGGGCAUCCUCAUCAUCUGGGCUCUGGGAACAAGUGGGCCCCACAACCUGGAGCAGCAGAUUCGGGGAUGCGCUGCCUGUCUCAGCAGCCUCCGACCCAGAGCUCCUCACAGGCCUGGCGUGCCUCCUCUAGGGCUCGUCCCUUUCCCUAGGCUGCCCUGUGGGAGGCAAACGUUUGAACCCCUGUGUGGGGGUUCGUGGGCAGGGAUAGUGGUUUGAGGUUCAAAACUCUGUAAACAUGUGGAGAAGGAACGGUCAGGAAACUCUCCUCUCACUGGAGGACUGGGGCGAGGGUGGGAGUCCCAGCGGGGAGACAGCAGGGCAGGCUCUGCAGCCGCUGCAGCUGGGACUCAAGGCCUCAGGGACUUGUUCCCUUUCCUCCACACACCUAAGCUGCAGUUCUUUGUUCCUCUCCUCCCACUGCUUUUUACUUUUUGCUGCCUCCCCCAUUCCCUUCCUUUUUUCCCUAGAAAGCCUGAUAUUUAAGCUCAGGCCAAACCUUCUCAGCAUAAAGGCAGCCUUGGACAAAACGGGCCCAAGAACUGGAGGUGGCGGUGCUCUAGGAUCUGCUCCGGCCAGCAGGGCCUGGGCUGCUCACUGCCUCUGCUUUCCCUCUCCUGGUGCAGAGGUACCCUGGCCCACACAAGUCACCUGCAUGCCUUAACCUUUCAUUGCUGGGUGUAGCUGCUGGCCCUGCAGAUGUGACUUGCAGUUGGCCCACUUGGCCUCCAGAAUGGGGCUGGAGGAUAUAGCUGAGAGGCUGAAGUUUGGGACAGUUAGCUAGAGGUUAACGUUCUCUCUCUCUCUCUUUUUAUUUUAUUUUAUUUUUAUUUUUUGAGAGCCAAAGGCCCAGCUUGAAUUCUACUGCUGCGUUCAUGGUUAUAAGCUUUCCAUGCGUAGGUUCUGGGGAAUUUACCUAUGCGUGUAUGUUUUUAAACGUCGUUUCCUGGGUACUGGGCAUGUGCCUGUCUGAGCCCCAGGCCUAUCUGUCCACACCCCACCAUCUACUCUGUUUGUCUCUCCCUGGGCAUCUCUUGAGAUGGUCUCAAGACAGUGCCCUGUUGGUUCCUAGGACUAGGGCCCAUUGCUGUUCUCUUCCGCCAGGAAAUGUAGUUUAAAAAUAGCUAAAGAUGGCAGAGGGCAGGAGCUUGAUAGGUGAUCUUUUCCUUGUUUUCUUAUUUGUUUUUGUUUUGGAAAUGAAAGGGGGUUUUAAAUGGCCAUUUGAACUCUUCUUUUCCAAAUAAAGGUUUAACUUUCUCCCCUACUGUUGGUUAUUUUGUUGGGAUCCUGGAGGGCAUAGGGGAGGGAAGGCCUGGAGAAUGAGGUGAGCAGAGAGGAAGAGACUGAUCCUGGGGUGGAGCUUCAAACUCUAAAUCUAGACCAGAGAGAAGGGCUGUCAUCUCCCUCUGGUAACUGAGCAGAUGCCCACUGCUCUGAGGCCUGGGAGGAACGGCUUGAGCACAGCCGCCUGCCCUGACUUUCAUGGGGUACAGCUCUCUUCAUCCUUGCCAAGCUAGAGGAGAAUAGUGCUCUCAGCUGCUUUCAUUCUUAUUCCAGCUGUUGCCCCUGUACCUGCCCCUAGUCUGAGCAGAGGAGGGUCUGUGGCGAAAGCAGGAUGAGAAGUGUUUUCCUGGUCAAAGCUACAGCCGCUGCAUGAGGCGUGAUGCGCGUGGCAGAUGCCUCUUGCUGCGCUUCUAUUUCUGAUCAUCUCUUCUGUAUUCUGGAGCCAUGGCUGAGCUGUGGGCCAUCUCUUGCUGGAAAGGUUUCUCUUCUUUCCUGGGCCUCACUCUACUGGGACUUCUGUCUUCCUCCAGCCUCCUUGUGUAGCGAGUCCACCAGCCCCUGUGCCCGUGGGAAGAAGCCUGAGAACAGGUGUGGUUUUCUGCCUUACCCGAUCAGAAUCCCAGACCCCACACCUCUGAAUCGGUACUGGACAAUCUGGGUUAUUUAAAGCUACCUGGGUACCAGUUGAACCGCCUGGGUUGGGAUUCAGCAGAAAGAAAAUUUUGCCAGGGAUUACGAACACGACUUGUCAUCUCGGCCUGGUCACUUGGUGAUUGUGGGUAAGUUAAUCCCUCCCUAUGUUUCACAUAUCUUGGUGAAAUGGAAAUUAAAGUAAUA